AAUUGAUUUCACAAUAAUUACUGAUGAAGCAUUAUUCAAUUAUAGCUCACGAACUUUCCAUCAUAUAAGAAACAAUAUUAAAUUGUAAGCAGUAAUUCUGGAGCGAGCAAACGUUUCUUAUUUAUAUUGUCAAAAUUCAUUCAUCGAUACGUUAAAGCUUAUACCACCUCUUGUGUGUGUUCAAUAGCUUUUAAUUCAAAGAUAGACGACUUUGACAAGACGACAGCGGAAAUAUACUAAACCUAAAAAUAGAUACUCUGACAUCUUGUCGGGGAUUGCCAAGCAAGGACCUUGAAAUUGCGGCCAGGGUCUCUCAUUGGCUGGAAUACCAAUAACCAUAUGGGCACAGUAAAGUAGGUCAUCUAAACAAAAGUAUGGUGGAUUGACAAGACAUGAAUUUGAGAAUUCAUUUCAAGUUGAACUCUGUUAAACGUAUAUGUUUUGUCUGCAGAUGUCAACAGCUAAAAUGACCCCUGUUGUGGUGGCAAUAGAUUUUGGAACAACUUAUUCUGGAUAUGCUUUUUCCUUCCGCUCCGAUUUUUUGAACGACAGAGAGAGACACAUCGGGGAAAUAAAUACAUACAAUUGGAAUUCUGGGAAUUUACUGUCUGAAAAGACUCCGACGGCCCUGCUGCUUGACAAAGACCAAAAAUUCGUCAGCUUUGGGUUUGAUGCUGAAAACAUGUAUGGUAAAAUGACGGAAGAAGAAAGGAAAGACAAUUAUUACUUCCACCGGUUUAAAAUGAUGCUUUACGACAAAGACGGGAAACUGAAACUAACCAGGAGGACAAUUCUGAAGGACAUGAAAAACAAGGAGAUGUUAGCCAUCGAUAUUUUUACUCACUCCAUCAGAUAUCUCAAGGACCAUUUCGAGAAGAAUUUAGAGAAGAGGGAUUUGAAGAAGCAUUUCAUGUCUCAUGACGAAAGUAUCUCAAUAAUGUGGGUUCUGACAGUUCCUGCUAUAUGGGAUGAACCUGCCAAACAGUUCAUGCAAGAAGCUGCAGAAAAGGCUGGGAUUCCAAGAGCUUCUCUGCUUCUCUGCUUAGAACCAGAGGCUGCAGCCAUAUACUGCAAAUGGCUUCACAUAGAGAAGGGCAACAACGAGUGUUUGGAUGCAAUGAAGCCGGGACGAAGGUUUAUAGUGUUGGAUGCCGGAGGUGGCACAAUUGAUAUGGCGAUACAGGAAGUGCGGGAGGACGGAAAACUACAGGAGAUAGGUCGCGUCCAAGGUGGUGACUGGGGAGGGAUUUAUGUGGACGGAGAGUUUAAACAACUGCUGGAGGAAAUUGUGUCCAAACCAAUCUUUGAGGGCUUCCGCGCGAAAUACACUGGGGACUACAUCGACCUGUUCCGGUUUUUCGAAAGAAAGAAAAGAGAAAAACAGACAAGUUUGUGCAAGAGCGUACGGAUGCAGGUUCCACAGUCUUUUCUGAAUAUAGCAGAUGAUGAUAUUAGUAAAUUGACAAAAUCUAGAGGGCUUGAGAAAAUCGUGGAAUGGAAACGAGAUAAAGUUCAUAUCACGAUUGAUAAAUAUUUCACUUUUUUCAGCGAAGUUAUAGACAAAAUCGUUGUGAAAGUUGAGGAAAUGUUGGUGUCGGAGACCGCAAUGGGAACCAACAUCAUUCUUAUGGUGGGAGGGUUCUCCGAAUGUCAUUUUCUGCAAGAGAGGAUAAAACACUCCUUUCCAAACUGUAGCGUUGUGGUUCCUCCGGACUGUGGUCUAGCUGUUCUAAAAGGUGCUGUUAUGUUUGGUCACGACCCAGAAAUGAUUGCAGCCAGGGUGGUGAAAUACACAUACGGCGUGGCUACUAACACAAAAUUCAUUGAGGGCACUCAUCCUGAAUCAAAGAAAACAGUCAUGAAUGGAAAAGAAUACUGCAAAGACAAAUUCGACAUCCACGUGGAAAGUGGGAAAUUGGUACAUUAUAAGGAAUGGACAGAGGAAACAUAUAAUCCAAUUUAUGAAGACCAGACGUCCGUGAAGUUCAGAGUUUUUACGUGUGAUCAUACCUACCCACAAUACAUAGACGACGAGGGAUGUAAGGAAAUCGGGUCUUUGACUGUUCCAAUGCCGAACACUAGUGGUGGAACUGGUAGGAGAGUAAAAGCAAGAAUCCAAUUUGGAGGAACGAAGAUAACUGUCGAGGGUAUUGACGAAACGUCUAAAAAAUCAGUUGAUGUCAGAUUUGAUUUUCUGGAAGGAUCUUCAUGAUACUGUAAUUCCAAUGUUAUUUAUUACAAGUGUUUUGAUUGGACAAAAAUAAAGCUGAACAAGAGUU